CGGAUAACGAAUUAACGAUAACCUUGUUUUUAUUGGGGGGUUCCUGCCCUCCUUUACUGGAGAACCUUGCUGAUCUUACCGCAAUGGACUCCUCCUACACUCCUUUACUGGAGAAAACUCGAAUUCCUCAACCGUUGUUUCAGAAACUAGCCGUGAUUUCAAUCUUCGAGAAGCUCCGCUCCGCUCCCCCGCACUUGGGCCCCGACUCCGGCCCCGGCACGGAAGCCAUCACUCAGUGCCUCCACUCCGCCUCCCCGGCCGUUCUUGAUCAGUCAGUCCGUGAACUAUGCCGCCUCGUCAGGGACUCCAAGCUGGACCUUUCUCGGGGGUUACUAGAGCUUCAGUCGGCCCUCGAAGCUACUGCUUCUCGCUUUGUCAAUCUCUUUGUCAAAGGUUUAGGCUUUCUUGUCCGGCUAGGUUUCCGGAACAACCCACAUUCUUUUCAGUUCAAUGCGCCAGAAGCUCAUCCAUUUGUCAUGAUACUUUCUUGCCGAAGAGAGGUCCAAGCAGAGCUUGUGCGUCAGGUGCUUAUUUUGUUAGUGGAGAGUAAAGAACACGGGAUGUUAGGAGUUUGUGAAUUCUUAACACCUUUUCUAAAUUAUGCAAUUGUGCGGAUGUCUUCUGUAGCUUCUCUGACUUUAUUUGUAAGAGAUUUAUUAUCAUCAAUAGCAUCAUUAUGUUGUUCGCAUCCUCAAGAGGCUGUCCCUAUUAUCAAGCUGCUAAUUAGACGGAUUAAAUACUUCCCUUGUAGGAAUGAGGAUGAUUAUACUGAAAUUUUUUAUUUGGUUGAAUGCAUAGUGGACGCAUUGUCUGUUGUCUUGAAGCAACUCACUGCAAUGGGAUUGCUGGCACAUGAAGCUCGUUUAUGUAGUGUGGAACUACUUGAUGUGAUUUUCUCAUUGCAUAGUGAUCUUCUCAAGCCGGUGGGUUCCAUUGAGUACAUUUUAGAGGUACCAAGACGCUUAAUGGUUGUGCAGAAAGAGCUUGGGUUGAGUUUUUUCCCUGAACUAUCAUCAGCAUUGUCAUUCAUAUUUGUAAUUCUUGUCUAUUCAGAGCUUGAACAUGAACAGCUCUCUGCUUUGAGACUACUACGCUUUAUCUUUAGCUGGAAAAAUUGCAGUGGGAAAACUGGUCAUAUGUCUUCAUGCAUAUUACAUGAAGAGCUUUUAUUCGUUUUCCCUGUCAUCAACCUUGUACACUCUCCAUCUAAAUCAGUAAAGCAAGCAGCUAUCGAUUUGCUUUCUGUUUUGAGAAAGCUUUCAAUUGAUUCGUUCGUUGCACCGAGUUGUGAAAUCCCAGCUGGAAGGAAACUUCCCUUCAUCAGUACAUCUUCACACCUUGCUGUUAGGCUACUGCAGAAUUUGUGGCUUCAGGAUGAAGUUUCCGUACCUGGUAAUUUCUAUCUAAAUUUUGCACCUUUUCUUGAACCCUGGAACAAGAACAAUAUAGCAAAAACAUGGACCUCUAUAUUAAGCAAGUACAUGCUGCUGAUACUUUCAAGAAAAAAGUCUUCUUUAUCCUUUUCUGGAACCCAUGGAAAACUUCUUACUGAAAUGCCUUCAUUACUCAGUGGGAUUGCUUGUGUACUUCUCUUGCAUCAAACUCUUGGACAAUCUGCUGGAGAUCUGUUGGCUAUUUGCAGCAAGCUAGACCCAAAGCUUGGUGUGCCGAUGUGGCUAGUCGUCCUAUUCUACACCCAUAUGCUUUCUGAUAACAAGGGUGUUGGUUCCCAUGGCUUGCAGUUAAAACUAUUGGGCAUGCUUCCUUCACUUGCUUCACAUUCUGCAAUGUUGCCUAUGGUCGUUCAAACUAUUUUACCAAUGCUUCAAAAGGAGGCUAAACCUGUUCUGUAUGCAUCUGCAAUCCGUUUGAUCUGUAAGGCAUGGGAGUGCAAUGAUCGCGUCUUUGGAAGUUUACAAGGAGUACUACUUGCAAGUAAAUUCACUGAAUUUGCAUCUGAGAGAGAGAUCUGCAUUAGUAUGGCUCUUUCCAUUCAUGAUGUUUGUAAAAAGGACCCUGAUAGAGGUGUUGACCUUGUCUUGUCUUUGGAGGCUUGCAUUGAGCAUCAAGAUUCUCUGAUUCAGUCACUUGGUCUUGAAAGCCUCUCUCAUCUUUGUGAAGCAGAUGUAGUAGAUUUUUACACAGCCUGGGAUGUGAUAGCAAAGCACGUGCUAAUGUACUUCACAAAUGCCACUGUUGCUUGUAGUCUCUGUCGCCUUUUAAGAUGGGGUGCAACGGAUGCUGAAUCAUAUCCUGAAAUUUCUAUUGAAGUUGUAAAAGUAUUGUGGGAAAUAGGAACCUCUGCAAUUGUUGGCCAUGAUUGGAUAAAAGCUAGAGUAUCUGCCUUUGUCGCUUUAUCUCAUUAUGAGGUAGGACAGCUCCAGAGAAGCCUUCCGGAUUUUAAUAGUAUGAAUUUGGAGUUUCUUACAUCUGAGACUGAUCUAGAUGUAUUAAAAGCCAUAGAAUCAUUUGAAGUCAAAAUCAUAAAUCAUGAGCACCUUACACGAAGAAGAUUGGUGAAACAGAAAAGAGUGCCAAAAAGCAAGAUUGAAAAGUUGCUAGAUGUUUUCCCUCGGGUCAUGGUUGCUUCAGGAAAGGACAGAAUACUCAGGGAUUUGCCUGGUGCCGCACUCUUUUGUCUUCCCUUCAGCCUUAAAGGCUUGAAUAUGCCAGGAACAUCAGAAACAUUGCAAGAUACACAAGAUAAAUACAAGAAUGCUGUAAUUGAGAUAGCUGAAUCUCUUCAGCUCUCAAGGAAUAUUUUCAUUGCUCUUCUGGCAUUGCAAUCUUGGAAACCAUUCAUGCUAAACUGGAUAAGGGCCUGCCUCAUGUUACCUGACACUAAAGUGCAUUUGAAUGUGUCAGAGAGAACAUCUAAUGCUGCCAAGGAAAUUUUGAAGAUUUUAAUAGAAACUGGUGAAAAAUCUCCUCCUAGAUCUGCCGAGAAUAUUGCAUUAGCAAUUGGGGCUCUUUGUGCGGUACUCCCAAUAUCUGACCAUGCUAUUAAAUUAAGUGCAUCAAAAUUUUUGCUGAGUUGGCUGUUCCAGCAUGAGCAUGAAUACCGACAAUGGUGUGCUGCUAUGUCUCUUGGGUUGAUAUCAAGCUGCCUGCAUGUGACUGAUCACAAGCUGAAAAUAGAAUAUAUUAAUGCACUUCUUGAGGUCUUAUCCAUGGGCAAAAGCACCCUUUUGAAAGGAGCCUGUGCGGUUGGGUUAGGGUUUUCAUGUGAAGAUCUUCUAACCAAGAGUGGUGCUGAAGAUGAUCUUCAUCCAGGUAGAGGAUCACUCAGAUCGGAGGAAUUAAUUCUGUUAAAAAGAAUUGUUCAAAGCUUAUCCCAGUUGAUAAGUCCAUUAACUACUCAUUCAUCAGUUGAUAUUCUGAAAAAAGCAUUCUCAUCGAUUCGACAUGGAUCGGAUGAUUUUGACUCAAAUCUUACCUCUAAGUUUCUUGGACAAAGCAGUGACGAUUUCGAGGAAGAUGUAUGGGGCAUUGCUGGGCUCAUAUUGGGUUUAGGUAGUUCUGUUGGGGCAAUCUAUAGGGCAGGUGCUUAUGAUGCAGUCCUCAAUCUGAAGACCUUACUUAUUUCUUGGAUUUCGAACUCAAAUCUUUCCAUUUCAUCUCCUGCUAACAGUUCAGAAAGUGAGCUUCUGUUAUCCACAGGCACUUGCCUUGCUGCACCUAUUGUAAUGGCAUUCUGUCACAGAGUUGAGCUUAUGGAUGGCACUGAGAUGGACCAGCUAGUGGGAUGCUACAAGCAACUUAUUUCUCAACUAGUAUCUGUUAAAAAAUUUAACACUCUUCAUCAGAGCUUGUUGUUGGCAUCUUGUGUUGGAGCUGGAAGCAUUCUUGGUACCAUUUUGAACGGGCGUUUGCAUUCUUUAAAAGUUGAAUUUGUUAAAGAUUUGCUGGAUUUAUUCAGGAAGUGCUACUCAGAACCCAAUCCUCCUUUAAUUCAUUUGGGUGCUAUCAUUGGGGUUGUGAAUGCAUUAGGGGCAGGUGCAGGAACACUGGUUCAAGAACACCCUUUUUGCAAAUCAUAUGAUAUUAUUAAUGGUCAAAAGGAGUGCGCUUACAUCGAUGCUCCAUUGCUAUCAAAUCCAGCCAUGGAGCCUGAUUUGACAUCAAUGUUGCAAGAGAUUUUUCUUCUAGCUCAAACAUCUGCUACUGAUAAACUGAAGCAGUAUGCUGCCUGGGCACUUUCGUUUCUUAGGCAUUCACUACAACGCCAAGAGCAUCAUCAUACUAAGGAAACUACUACAGUUAGUGAUGCAGACAUGAAGAAUACCUCACACACUUUUACUGAGGACAGCACAGUUUUGAAGCUAUCUCUGUGGCUAAUGAAUUUGAAGUGUCCUGAGACAGGCAAAGUUUCACAUGUUAACACUGUAUCAAUGGUUUUGCGCUGCCUUACGCCCGCUCCCAGAUUGCCAUUAUUAGAUUGGGGAGUAAUGAUCAGAAGAUUCAUGAGAUACGAGGGUGAAGUUGCGGAAAUGUUGUCGAAAGAUGUAACCUUCAAGAAAGGACAGCUCAGGGAGGAGUGCCUACUUUUCGCUCUAUCUCAUGCAAGCCAAUUUGACAGUGUCCUUGCCUUCCUUGACGAACUUUGUGUCCUUGCUAGGAUGAGGGCACUUGAGCCAUCUCUGCAAUCAUGCAUACUCCUACACCUGGCUGAUCUAACUAAGAUUUUCUCUGGCUCUCGUCUGAUAGAGCUAUUCAAUGAUGUGCCUAACUUCUUGUCUCACUCGGUUUCAUCUGUACAUUAUAGUCCUGAUCAGAAAAGCGCCUUACGGUCUUCGUGCUGGAGAAGCCUUAAUCAGUGUUGGGAGGAAUCUUCCCUUGACAGUCAAUUUUAUAAGUCAGAAAUUGAAAACUGUAUGGUGGUUUUAUUUAAAUUGUUGCCCCAGUUUCCUUCAGCUUUCUCUAAAGACCUGUAUCAGAACAAUAUCAUAGAAGAAUGGUCUGAAGCAAUUACAUGCCUUGCUAAGUCUAAACAAGAAUGGUUGUUGAAUCUUUUGCAGAUUCCAGAGGGGAGUCUCAACGAAGCAAAUGGCCAAUCUGAAUCUGUGAAAAAGCUCCUAGCAAAAUCAAGAUUAGUGCAAACUGGUUCCAUUUCGAUGAAUGAACUUGGUAAACUGCAAUCUUACAUGUUAAACUGCAGAUGUGAAGUUAUCUGGGAUGCUCUACUUGGGGUUAUUGAAGCUUUGCAGUAUGCUGAUGGGGGCGUCAAGAGGCAAUGGCUUGUUAAUGCAUUGCAAAUUAGCCGUGUUUCAAAAUUUCCUUCCACAGCAUUGCGGUUUAUUGGUCUGUUAAGUGGAAGCUGUUGCAAAUACAUGCCACUUUUAGUUGUAGACCAGAUGGCCGUGUUGAGGGAUUUACCUGUCACACUAACAUCCCUUCUCUCAGACAGCCAAUGGGCAGUGGUAACAGAAUCUGUUGUUUCUCAUAUGUGGUCAUUAACCAUACGAUAUUAUGAGUGCACAAAACACUCAGCAGACUGUGGUGAUCAUUCAGUUAACCAACAGUCUAUAGACAGCAGUGAGCAUGGCAUGGCAGGUUUCCUCUUCCAGGUAUUGCACCAUUCAUGUGUUUCUCUGAAAGAGUAUCUAUCCCCAGAGGAGCAACUUCAACUGUCUUGCAUGGAAUCUAAUCCUGUAAUGAGAUGUUAACGGGUUUUUUCUCAACAGUCAUCAAACAGACAGUUGGUCUCCAAACAGAAUCUGCCCUGCUGUCAAUAAGAAACUUUUUUAUGUGUGUGAAGGUCGUUUCUGUACUUACUAGAGGAUAGUGUGUCCAUAGGAAUAUCCAUGUCCAGCCUCAUACCAGUCAUACGUCCUUAUCAUUGUUUUUUUUUUCCGGUUUGGUUGUACUCGUAACACAUGCAUUGGAAGCGAAAUCCAAAAAACACACUUUUUUGAGUUCUAUUUUGUUCACCCCUUCACACUUGGCAAAACUUUUAAAUUUUACAAUUGUAAUGCCAAGUGUCAUGUGUUGGAGGGAGGGGGUGAACAAAAUAGAACUCCACUUUUUUGUCUCUGGAAGUUACUAGUAUAUAUUAUAUAAGUUAUAACAGCUUGCCUUCUACAGAAAAAUUUUUCAAAAAAAUACACUUUGAUUAAGUAUAAAAAUGCAAUUUGUCACAUGAAUUCAUCAUAAUGUUAGGCACACAUAUUGUAUGGUACAUAUAUUAUUUAUUUGUGUACUUAUUUGUAUGUAUGUAUGACUUUUUUAGACCAA